AUGGACCCAGGAUACUUUAAAAUCAGGAACUUGACCCCACUGAUGUCAACUACGAUUUACCAGAAGCUGAUAGGAUCGCUACUAUAUCUAAGCGUAAACACCAGGCCAGAUAUCUCAGCACCAGUUGUGAUUUUAAGUCAACACAUAAAGGACAUCAGGAGACAAAACUGGAACGAGCUUCAGAGAGUGAUUCGGUACCUGAAGAACACCAAGAGCUAUGAGCUCCAACUGAGUGACACAUCAGCAGCGAACAAAAAUCUAAUUGGGUAUGCAGACGCAAAUUGGGCCGAGUCAAGGCAGGAUAGGAAGUCAAAUAGUGGCUAUCUCUUCAUGUUCCUGGGUGGAGCAAUCAGCUGGAGCUGCAAAAAACAAGACUGUGUAUCAGUUUCUUCUACCGAAGCCGAAAUUGUAGCUCUGGCAGAAGCAUCAAAAGAAGCCGUCUGGAUAAGACAAGUCUUAGAAUUCAUGAGAAAAACACAGCUCACACCGACGAUCAUCAACGAAGACAACCAGAGCUGUAUUAACAGCCAUCGGUCAUCAGGGUUCAGCCAAAGGACGAAGCACAUUGAUACCCGCCAUUACUUUGCUCGAGAUUUAGAGGAUAAAAACGUCAUCAAACUCAAAUACUGUCCGAGUGAAUUCAAUUUGGCAGACAUUUUAACAAAACCAGUUAGAGCAGUAAGACUGAUCACGAUGGUCAACAAAAUUGGCUUAAGAAACUUAGGAUCAGCAGAACAGCAUCAACAUUGA